CCUGUCAACUGUUUCGUUCAUUGCGUCACCGCAGAAACAAGUUGCCACUUCGAGUUGGAGCGCUUGUGCUACUACUACUUCGUCGUUUUGCUUCUAUGACCAACCCGCUAGUAGCAGACUCAGACAAAAGGAGCAUAUAGACCAUAGGGGUCUACAUCCUGCCCGGACGAGGAGCGGUGGACACCAGGCGCAAAUAAAGCCAAGCUCUAGUUG